AUGCUUGAAAAGACACACGAACAAAAAGCCCCCCUUGAGGGUGACCAACUCCACGAGGUGCGCUCUCAUGGAGAAGAAGGCACUGUUACACGCCCUUAUGACCCUGUAUUUGGAGAAAUCACCGAAGAUGGCCCAAACUACCGCAAUGUUGGCUGGCUUGGAACAUCUGCCCUCAUGAUAAAGGCUCAGAUUGGCCUUGGUGUUCUCUCGAUUCCUCAAGCGUUCGAUGUCCUAGGUAUUGUACCUGGCGUUAUAUGUCUCAGUAUGGUUGCUGCCAUCACCACCUGGUCCGACUACAUUGUUGGUGUUUUCAAACUCCGGCACCCCGAAAUUUAUGGGAUCGAUGAUGUCGGUUGGAUGAUCUUUGGGCGUAUCGGAAAGGAAGUUUUGGCCGCUGGCUUUGUCCUAUACUACGCCUUUGUUGCAGGAGCAAUGAUGCUUGGCAUCUCGAUCGGUUUGAACGCUGUUACCAUGCAUGGAGUGUGCACUGCCGUCUUUGUUGCUGUGGCCGCUAUUAUUGGCGGCGGCUUCGCCUCGAUUCGAACACUAGGCAAGAUGAGUUGGCUCGCCAUGUUCGGUGUAACCUGCUUAGUUAUAUCGAUUGUCAUGGUCACCAUCGCUGUAGGAGUCCAAGAUCGACCAGCUACCGCACCCAAGGACAUACCUUGGAAGUCCGACUUCAAGAUUGUUGGCAAUCCAACAUUUGUCGAGGCUGUGUCAGCCAUCUCGACCUUUGUGUUCGCAUACGCGGGCACCCCGGCCUUCUUCUCCUUUGCGGCAGAGAUGCGCAAUCCGCAGCACUAUGGCCGUGCCCUUUUGCUCUGUCAAAUAAUCGUUACUGUUGCCUACGUUGGCAUCGGAUGUGUCGUGUACUAUUUCUGCGGAUCGUACGUGGCUUCGCCUGCUCUUGGUUCUGCCGGCCCUCUCAUCAAGAAGAUUUCCUACGGAAUCGCUAUUCCAGGGAUCGUGGCCACUGCCAUGCUUUGUAUCCACCUCCCUGGAAAAUAUCUCUUUGUUCGUUUUCUCCGCGGCUCCAAGCAUCUAACGGCUAAUUCCGUCGUCCAUUGGUCGGUUUGGCUUGGCUGUGUCUUCGGUAUCACCCUAUUCGCCUAUAUCAUCUCCAGCGCAAUCCCAGUCUUUGGUGGUCUGGUUUCUUUCAUCGGGGCUCUCUUGGGUACACUCAUGUCCUUUCAGCCAAUGGGGUGCAUGUGGCUCUAUGACAACUGGAGCAAGGAGAAGCGAAAGCGUGAUAUUCAAUGGGCUUUUAUGGUAGUCUGGAGUGUUUUCGUUGUUGCCUCGGGUACCUUUCUGAUGGUUGCUGGGACGUACGGCUCGGUUGUUGGGAUUAUUGACUCGUACCAAAAGAAUGGCGGCUCCAAAGCUUGGUCCUGUGCUGAUAACUCCAAUUCCGUCUAA